AUGAAACCCAUUGAUGAUCAGAUGAUGAACGGUCAAAGAAAAAAUAGCAGAAAAGAGCCAGAUGAUAACGAAUUAGUCAAAAAACGACUUAAAAUCGAAUGUCAAGAGACUUUCAUUCCACAAUCUACCACACAUCUAGCUCAGUUACAUGUGACAGUCAAUGAUAUUAACAGCUCAAAUGUUACUCCAAUUACAAAAUUGAUUACUUGUUAUCAAUCAUCUUUGGAAGAUGUCACCUUGAUCAUUAAUACCUCUCAACUUUUAUUGGAUGGACGACAGCUAGCAAUAUUAUUUCAACCGUGUCAACGUCUUAAGAAAUUAACUUUUGUCUUUGAACAUAAGAAUAAAGAAAUUAACAUGUUUGAACUAUUACAGCAAUUCCAAAGUGAUUGGUGGUUGAAUGAUCGACAACCAUCAAUACUCAUUCAACAUAAUCUUGAUGGUCAGAUCUUUAUUGGUACAAUGCCAUGUGUUCAUCCUGUAUCAAUGAAAUUCUCUACUGAUCUCAAUAAAUGGUUGAUAAAUAAAGGAAAUCUUGAUCCAUGGCAUAUUUACUUUACUAAAGUAAAAAAAAUCAAUUUUAUUACUAGCUCAAAUCAACCAAUCACUCUCAAUUUUCUACAUUUCAUUGGUCACAUGUUUCGUUCAUGCUAUCAAGAACUCAGUUUCACACAUUGGAAACUAAGCGAACAACUUGUGAAUACACGAACAAUUCCGUUAUUACCGAAUGUCAAGCAUCUUAAUAUGAACUCAUGUGAUCUUGAUGAAGUAAAUACGUGGACAUUGAUAAUGUGGCUUAUAAUAUCACCAAAUGUAAAAGAAUUAUCUCUAAGAUUGAAAACUAUUGCAGAUAUAAUGCAAAUUGAAAAUGUUUGGGAUUCAUUAAUUCAAGGUUCAUUAUAUCUUACUGAAGUUAUUCAAAGUGAAUGGAAAGUGGUAAUAAAUAGUGACAAUGAAGAAAUUUAUGUAUAUCAUUAUGAUAAUAUAAAAUGUCUUUCGAAUGAAGAAACUCUAGAACGUGCUAUUAAUUAUCUAGGAAAACGUGGCUAUUCCUUAGUCGGUAAUAACUUUGAACAUUGGGCAAGAUGGUGUCGAUCGGGUAAUUCCUAUUCCGAACAAGCUGUUAAACUUCAUAAUUUAGUUAAAGACAAAGCGGCUACACUUUUAAUUGUCGAUUCCUGUGCCUUGCUUGUUAAAGAUGUAGCAAUUGUUGAUACUCAAAGUCUUGCACCAUUUCUAGGUGCCAUAGGAUCAGGUGUUAUUUUUACUGCAGUCGCAAGCAUUUCAACAUUUAUUCAUAUAAAAAAAGAACGAAAUAAACGACAAAAAGGUGAAUUGAGUGAUAUUGCUUUCAAGAAAUAUGUCGUGCGACGCAUUGCAACAACAUCUGGCACUGUCAUUGGAAGAACAACAGGUGCCAUUGUUGGUACUAUUCUUAUUCCUGUACCCAUUCUGGGCUCGGUUGUCGGUGGUGUUAUCGGUACUGUGGGUGGAAGAAUGAUUGGUAGUCUUUCAGGUAUUGCCAUAUCGAAAGUUCUUGAAGUAUAUAAGAAACACAAACAAGAAAAGAUAUCUCAAAUGAAAACUGUUCCACAACUCUCGGCUGCAUUAUCGCCAGAAAGUCAAUUUUUUCAAGUCUUGAGAGCAUUUCUACUCGAUCCUGAACAAGCAGCACGAGCAGAGACAACUUCUGAAUCAUCAAUACUUUAUAUGUUUUUUGAACAACUGGUGCGUUCAUAUUCGAAUUUGACAAAAGACAAAUGUCAGAUGGAAACUCAACAGAUGCAGACAAUAUUUUUGGAUUCAAACACUUUCGAAUAUUUUGUACUUAUCCCAGAACCCGACGAAAAUUCACCUGAGGAGUUUGCAUCGGCUAUUGAUUUGCUUUUACUUCGAUGGCCAACUCGACAACCACAACCAUGGAAGAUCGAUGAAGAACACGUACUUGAUAUAAGUGACUUAAAAACAACAAACGUAUGA